CUGCAUUUUGGCUGUCAUGAUUCAUGCAUCUGGUCUGCUAUUUAUGUCAGUCUUCUUGUUAACUUUCUCCCCCAUCUUUAUCCAAGUCAAAAGAAAACACCCACCAAAGAGACAAAGAUCAUCUAAGAUUGGAGAUGGAGAAGAUAGAGCACACAACUGUAUACACAAAUGGCAUAAACAUGCACAUAGCUUCAAUAGGCAAAGGCCCAGUUAUUCUUUUUCUACAUGGUUUUCCUGAUCUUUGGUACACGUGGCGACACCAGCUUCUUGCUCUCUCCUCUCUUGGCUACCGCUGCAUAGCUCCUGAUCUUCGUGGCUUCGGCGACACCGAUGCACCACCAUCUCCCAAUGAGUACACGGUCCUACACAUCGUUGGUGACCUUGUUGGGUUGCUUGAUUCUCUGGGCGUUGAGCAAGUGUUUCUUGUGGGUCAUGAUUGGGGAGCAACAGUUGCUUGGCAUUUGUGCUUGUUUAGACCUGAUAGAAUUAAGGCCUUGGUCAACACGAGUGUUGCGUUCUCUCCCAGGAACCCACAUAAGAAGCCUGUUGAGAGAUACAGAGAAUUGUUAGGUGAUGAUUUCUAUAUCUGCAGGUUUCAGGAACAUGGAGAGAUUGAAGAAGACUUUGCCAAAGCUGGUGCUGCAAGAAUCAUUAGAAGAUUUCUUGCAUCACGGAGUACAGCACCACCUUGUGUACCUAAAGCAACAGGAUUCAGAAGCUUACCUGUCCCUCAAAAUUUGCCUUCUUGGCUGUCAGAAGAGGAUAUCAAUUAUUAUGUUAGCAAAUACGGCCAGAAAGGUUUCACUGGAGGAUUGAACUACUAUCGAUGUUUGGACCUGAACUGGGAGUUGACAGCACCAUGGACUGGGUCACAAAUUAAAGUACCAGUUAAGUUUAUUGUGGGUGACAUGGACAUAACCUAUCACUUCCCCGGCGUCAAGGAAUACAUACACCAUGGUAUGAAGAAGCAUGUUCCAUUUUUGCAAGAAGUAGUUGUACUGGAAGGAGUGGCACAUUUUCUCAGCCAAGAAAAGCCAGACGAAGUCACUGCACAUAUCCACGACUUUAUUAAGAAGUUCUAAUUUGGCAGAUUACAUAUCUGUAGCCAACAAGUGCUUAGUUAUCUUAGAGAAAAAUAAAUUUUCUUAAAUAGGGUUCCUUAUCUUCGAAUGCUCUAUGGACGGCAGUGGAAUUUUAUUGUCCUGUUUGUUGCUUAGAUGAGAUAAUAAUGUCCAAUUUAUAUGCCAAGUUUGAGGUUACAAACUUAGCCGACAAUAAUCUGUUUAUGUAAACUUGUUUCUUUCUUCAAUUUUGAUAAAGACUAAAAGGACUGAAACAAUAUCCAA